AUGUUGCUAGCUGUCGCCGCCGCCACUCAAACGAUUCUUGGUUGCUCCGGUCAUCAUCAAUCACCGCCAUCGCCACCCAUCACAAGUGGGUGUGGGUUUCCUUUACGAGCAAAAGAUGAAGGUGCUGAUAGCUUGCACGAAUCCAGUGAUGCUGUGGAAUCCGUGAAAUCGAGCGACAAUAUAGUUGCGAUUUUAGGAUCAGUUGACUUUGUUACAGAUGGUCAAAGAGUUUUCGGUUCGCAUAACGGAGUUCCGAUAAUGCAAAAGAUAACGGCGAGCGGAUGUUCAGUCACUACUCCGAUUGCUGCUUUUGUUGCAAUCGACCCAGCACAUGCUUUUGAAGCCACGACAUCUGCAUUUUCUGUAUUUGGUUUGACCGGCGACAUCGGAAUGGAAUUGGCAAAAGGUUCGACGUCACUAAGAGUGCAUCUGAUUGAUUCCCUCCAUAGCCUCGAUCAAGACAUUGUUCUUGAAGAAUUGUGA